AUGAGUACUGAUAAUGCCAUUAGUUUCAAUUCCAAUCCUAAUAAUAGAAGAAAUACUGGCUCAUGGCUGGAGCUGUUCAGAGUUUUGUUUUUGCAUCCUGCUGAGGAUCUCCCUGAAAUCAUCCUAAUAUUGUCCUUGAUCUGUACCAUCGGAGCAUUUUUAAACCUGCACUUGAAAGACUUUCCAAUUCCUCUCCCUGUGAUACUAUUUUUACUUGGAUGCAGUUUUGAAAUUCUAAGUUUUACUUCUUUCCAGAUCCAAAGCUAUGCAGAUGCCAUACAAUGGAUGAGUCCAGACUUAUUUUUUGGUAUAUUUACACCAGUAAUUAUCUUUAAUGUUGCAUUUGACAUGGAUGUAUACAUGCUCCAUAAGUUAUUGUGGCAGAUACUUUUAAUUACGAUUCCCGGCUUUGUGAUUAAUUAUAUCUUAAUCCUUUGGUACCUGCAAACUGUGAAUAAAUUAUUUUUGAAGACCAUACCAUGGUUCUUAUUUGCAGCUAUCCUUGUGAGUUCAGAUCCUAUGCUGACUGCAGCUGCUAUAAGAGAUCUAGGUCUUUCUAGAGGCCUCACCAAUUUAAUUAAUGGAGAAAGUCUGAUGACCUCUGUUAUAUCAUUAAUUCUAUUUAACAGUGUUGUAAAUACUAACUUCAGAAGACAACAUAAGAUAAACAGUACUUUAGGCUCUCAAGUCAUGUAUGGAAUUUGGUCAUAUUUUAUUGCAAGUUUCUUGUUUGGAAUUCUAAGUUCAAAACUGAUUCAAUUGUGGAUGUCAACAGUUUUUGGUGAUGAUGUCAAUUAUAUAAGUCUCAUCUUUUCCCUUCUAUACCUCAUCUUUUAUAUUUGUGAACUAGUUGGAAUGUCUGGAAUAUUCACCCUGACCAUUAUGGGGCUUUUUUUAAAUUCUACAAGUUUUAAACCAGGAGUUGAAGCACUGCUUCUCGAAUUCUGGAAUUGUUUAUCAUUUGUUGCUUUUCUCAUGGUGUUUUCUUUCACUGGACUUCUAAUCCCUGCACAUACGUAUUUAUAUAUAUCAUUUUCUGACAUAUAUUAUUCAAUAAAUAUAUACUUCACAUUGAUUGUUUUAAGACUUCUGGUCUUCCUAUUAAUGAGCCCUCUUUUGUCUCGACUUGGUCAUGGGUUCAGCUGGCGCUGGGCAUUCAUAAUGGUCUGGAGUGAAAUGAAAGGGAUGCCUAACAUAAACAUGGCCCUUCUGCUCGCCUACUCUGACCUUUCUCUUGGAUCCGAGAGGGAAAAAUACCAAGUGUUAUUUCAUGGAGUCUUAGUAUGCUUAAUUACCCUAAUUGUUAAUAGAUUUAUUUUGCCAAUGGCAGUUAACAAACUAGGUCUUCGUGAUGUCACAUCAACUAAAUAUAAAUCAGUUUAUUAUACAUUUCAACACUUUCAAGAGCUAACUAAAUCUACGGCCUCUGCACUAAAAUUUGACAGAGAUCUUGCUAAUGCUGAUUGGAAUGUGGUUGAGAAAGCGAUUGUACUUCAAAACCCAUAUGCCUUGGAACACGAGGAAGAAACUCUAGAACAUCAGAAAGUGAGAUGUCCAAGCUGUGACAAGGAAAUAGAUGAGACCCUUAACCUUGAAGCAAUGGAGCUGGCCAACAGACGUCUCUUGUCUGCACAAAUAGCAAGCUACCAGAGACAGUACAGGAAUGAGAUUCUGUCUCAGAGUGCAGUCCAGGUGUUGGUAGGUGCAGCAGGAAGCUUUGGUGAAAAGAAGGGAGAAUAUAUGAAUCUUGGGACAAUAAAGGUUUAUUCUGAAAGUAAAAAAUUCCUUACCUUUUUAAGAAAAUUACUGCUCAACUGGGUAUAUAAUACUAAAAAAGACAAAGGAGUCCCAUCAAGACAUCUACUUCUUCGUGUAUGCCAUAAGGCAGUAUUUACUGAUGAAUUUGAGUAUGUCGGAUACCUUGUGAUACUAAUGAAUGUAUUUCCUAUUAUAAUCAGUUGGAUACCACAGUUAAAUAAAAUAUAUGACAAUGAAAUAAAAUAUACUAACUACUCUUUUCUUGCAAUUUAUAUUCUAGAGGCCCUAGUUAAGAUAGCAGCAAUGAGGAGGGCAUAUUUUUCACAUGCCUGGAAUAUAUUUGAGUUAGCAAUUACACUCAUUGGCAUCGUAGACGUAAUACUGAUCGAAACAAAUUCCAUUAGUUAUUCAUUUGACUUGAUCCAGACAAUGGUCGUUAUGAAAAUUGCUCGAUUUCUUCGGUUGCUGCGCAUUUUGAAGCUCGUAACACCAAAGUUGCUGCAAAUAAUAGAUCAAAAGAUGAGCCACCAGCUGUCCUUUAGAUAUGCUAUACUAAAAGGAUAUGUCCAAGGUGAAAUGGAUGUGAUGACCAUAAUUGAUCAGAUCGCAAGUUCUAAACAGGUUAAACAGAUGUUAUUAAAGCGAGUCAUAAGAAACAUGGAACUAUCUAUGAAAGAGCUAGGCUACUUAGAAUAUGACCACCCAGAAAUUGCUGUCACCAUGAAAUCAAAGGAGGAGAUUAAUGUCAUGCUCAAUAUGGCUAGAGAAAUUGUGAAGGUUUUCAAGUCAAAGGGAAUUAUUCAUAAAAUUGAAUGUGCUGAAAUUAAUAAGUUAAUCAUGGCCAAAACAAGAGAGGUGCUCGAUUUUCAAUCUAUUAUCAAGCCUAUGACUGUUGAAGAAACCCUAUAUCAUAUUCCAUGGCUAGAUAAGGAUGAAAACCUCAUAAACUUCAUCCAGGAAAGAGCCAAAAUUGUUACAUUUGACUGUGGAAAUAAUAUAUUUGAAGAAGGUGAUGAGCCCAGAGGAAUCUACAUCAUUAUUUCAGGCAUGGUAAAGCUUAAAAGAUCAAAACCAGGUUUGGGGAUUGACCAAAUGGAGUCAGAGGAUAAAGAUUAUCAGAUAAUUUACACAGACUAUGUGCUCAGUGGGGAAAUAAUAGGAGAAUUAAACUGCUUAACUAAUGAACAGAUGAAAUAUUCUGCCACCUGCAAAACUGUAGUGGAGACAUGUUUUAUUUCCAAAACUCACUUGAUUGAGGCUUUUGAACAAUGCUGUCCUCUCAUUGAGCAUAAAAUGUGGCUAAAAAUUGGACUUGGUAUUACUGCCCGAAAAAUCAGAGAACAUUUGUCUUAUGAGGAUUGGAACUACAAGAUGCAAUUAAAGCUCUGUAACAUUUAUGUAAGAGAUAUACCCAAGAGCAUCAAAAGUGAUAUCUAUGAUGAAACUGUAACUGACGUUAUCCUCAUACAUGGAGCUGUGGAAGACUGUCAGUUACGAAAAGUUUAUAAGGCACCUUUCUUAAUUCCUUUAACAUGCCAUCAGAUACAAGGCACUGAAGAUUUCACAAAAGUAAUGAUUAUUCAAACUUCAAUUGAUAUGAAAAAAUUCAGAUUCAACUCUAGAAAGUAUGUAUCUACACGUAAAAUUUCUUCUGUACCAAAAUCUUUAGCUGCAAAGAGAAUGUUGGAAGGAUGCCUUCAAGAAGAAGCAAAUAAGGGAGAGAUACAAGAGUCUGAAGAAUUACUUGAAGAGAAUAUUAACAUCUAA